AUGGAUCAAUUUGCAAGCUUUGUGGACUAUUUGGGGUUUUCUCUAACCGACGAAAAUUAUUCCGCAUACCAAGAUUUAUUUCGCAGUUUUCAACAAUUUUGUAACACGAAUCCAAAUAUUUCACGGGAAUUACAAUUUAUACGUUGGCAUCGUCAAUACUCGACUGUUACACAACCAACUGUACCCCUUCUUCGACCUGAUCCAAUCCACCUUCCCACGAAACUGGCAACAUUACCCAAUCAAACUUGCUUUAAUACCUUCAUGCUAGAACAACCCGCUACAACACCGCUGCACAACUCACCGCAUACAAACAUGGUCGUGAAAAAUAAAUCCGACACACCAAUUGACCAAAACGUGCUUGAUACAACCCUGCUAGAAGUCUUAAACGAAUCUAGCGAAGAUAAUGAAAUACUCGCAAACUCGGAACCCGUACAAGAACAACACGAAAUUACGAACAUUGUCUUCGAGACUGAUGGUCCCCCAUUCCAAAAAAACACCAACACCGUAAUCGGUGGUUAUGGUCUGGGUAAAAAUAUCGCUGUGUUACAAGACGAACAUGAAUCACGGAAAAGAAAACAAACCAAACGACGACGCACAAAAACGGGCGUUAGAGGAUCGGGUCGGCCCACCAACGAUAAAAGCAUCAUGCGUGUAGUCAACGACGGGGACGAAGAUGUCAAGACCGAAGCCGUGCUGGCAUUAAAGGAAUUACGCCUAUUGACUUCUACGGGGGUCGUACGCAAAAAAAUGCCAAUAUACACCAAACAUUCCGAUGACAUUAAGUGUUUCGCUAUAAAACAUUAUAGCAGCUUUGAAUAUAUUGCCGACCAGCGAAAAAAAUCAUUAGAAAAAAUCAAAAAACACCGUGACAUUUUACAACAUUUGAACUAUCUAGAGACGAACAUGUUACCCUAUAUCGAACAAAACACUACAUUUUAA